UACAAGGAAAGUCAGUCUUUGGUAAUCGUCAUGACUACUGGGCAGUCUCAAUCCUGAAGAUGAAGCAAUAGGGACUGCCUUCGGGGGCCACCAACUGCGGGCUGCAUCCGGCCUUGGAUAGCUCUCAAUGCCCAACACAAAAUAGGCACACCACAGAAGGACGUCAUUAUCAAGCCGGAUGCCCCCAGCACCCUGCUACUGGAGAAGCAUGCAGACUACAUUGCGUCCUACGGCUCAAAGAAGGAUGAUUAUGAGUACUGUAUGUCUGAGUACUUGAGAAUGAGUGGCAUCUACUGGGGCCUGACAGUAAUGGACCUUAUGGGGCAGCUUGAUCGCAUGAACAGGGAAGAAAUACUGACAUUCAUCAAGUCGUGCCAGCACGAGUGUGGGGGAGUAAGCGCUAGCAUUGGACAUGACCCUCAUCUUCUGUACACUCUCAGUGCUGUCCAGAUUCUGACUCUGUAUGACAGUGUCACUGUGAUUGACGUAAAUAAAGUGGUGGAGUAUGUUCAGAGUCUACAGAAAGAAGACGGUUCUUUUGCUGGAGACAAGUGGGGAGAGAUCGAUACCAGAUUCUCCUUCUGUGCUGUGGCAACUCUGGCUUUGUUGGGCAAGCUUGAUGCCAUUAAUGUGGAAAAGGCGAUUGAAUUUGUUCUGUCCUGUAUGAACUUUGAUGGUGGAUUUGGGUGCAGACCUGGUUCUGAGUCUCAUGCUGGGCAGAUCUAUUGUUGCACAGGAUUCCUGGCUAUUACCAGUCAGUUGCAUCAAGUGAAUUCUGAUUUACUUGGUUGGUGGCUUUGUGAACGGCAGUUGCCCUCAGGUGGACUGAAUGGAAGACCAGAAAAGUUACCAGAUGUUUGCUAUUCUUGGUGGGUGUUGGCUUCCCUAAAAAUUAUUGGACGGCUUCAUUGGAUUGAUAGAGAAAAGCUGCGGAGUUUCAUCUUAGCAUGUCAAGAUGAAGAAACUGGGGGGUUUGCUGACAGGCCAGGAGAUAUGGUGGAUCCUUUUCAUACAUUAUUUGGCAUUGCCGGAUUGUCACUUUUGGGAGAAGAACAGAUCAAGCCUGUUAGUCCAGUCUUCUGCAUGCCUGAAGAAGUGCUCCGUAGGGUGAAUGUGCAACCUGAACUAGUAAGCUAGAUUGGUGGACAGCGGAGAGUUUAGUACAGUUGUGCAGUCUAACAUGUCUGUAUUUGUGCUUAUCCAGCUUAAAAGUGACUACUGUUAAUAUUUUGUAUAUCAUUUUAAAUUAAUUAUAAAUUAUACAUAUUGUAAAAUAAAGACCUAUAUUGUAUUUUCCACUUUAGAUCUCCUGUAGUGUUCUGAAUAACAGCAUUUUGUUUAUGCCUUAUGUUUGUGUGGCAUCUGCAUACCAGCAAACUUAGAUGAACUGUGUCCUGUAACAAUAGUUGAUGGAAACGAUUGUCAACAGAAUGUCAACUGAUAAAAAGCAAAUGAACCGCAUACAAGAAUGAAAUAAAAUGUGGAGAAAAUUAA